CGCACCGCAUCUCACAAUUCAUGACCAUGAGAGUGCGAAUACAAGAACAAUAGUCAGUCACUCAAACCAAAGUCACACAACCCAUCUACCACACUUCCACCUCACAGCAACAACAUCAGUCGACGACAUCAUGAAAGCUUUCUCAUGCAUCUUCACAGCCCUCUGGGCCCUUAUCUCAACAGUCUACGCUGCACCCCAACCCAUCCCCGAUCCCUUCCUAGGCUUCAACGCAAUGGGCUGGUCAGCGAAGAUCUUGGCAUAUUGCAACAGAGGAUGGGGAGGUGAUGGCGGGUGCGAAGCGAAAGGAUAUUAUACAUUCUGCUGCAAGCAAGACUAUGGCGGCCAGUUUGUGCAUUCCAAAUUUAAAGCGAUUAAUGCUGGAUUGGGAGGCUGCGCGGAUGGUGGCACAAUUCUGUGUGCGGAGUAGAUAAGAGCAUGUAUAGCUUUUACGCAGUUGGCGGAGUGCAAUUGCGAUGACGACGCCGCUGAUGGACAUGAGUAUCGGGCACGGUCUACGAAGGAUUGUUUUGAGUCCGUGAUGCUUGGCUCAGGCAGAGCUUGAAGAAUCUUACUCACUUGUAUUUAUGAAGAAUUUUUAUGCCUAGCAAAGGCCAACUUUGUUACUUUCAGUUCACA